AACUUCGUGUCUGACACGCUAGGAACAUGCCACGCCUCAAAGUCCCCAUAAACACUCACUCGAAGGCAGCAGUAUUUCUGUUCCUAUAUAGGCGCCUUCGUAUCCUCUCCCCAAUGAUCGGCCUUUUGACGCACAGGCUUCUCAGCUUCUGAACGUAAGAGUCGCGCGAAACAAAUACAACGAGAAAUACCGGUCACUAAGGUAGACCUGCAUUUGCAUCUCCUAACGUCGAACCCGCAGCUAGCUUAUCGCAAUCCCGCGACAAUGGAUGCCGUCCGCGCCCGCAAGCGACCCACUCCGGCGCCGGCAGCAGAAAGGUCGCCCCGGUCUGCCGAUAAGGAGGCCUCCGACCGCACCCAGCUCGCCGGCUUCACAGAUCUGCCCGCAGAAAUCCACCUUCUCAUCUCCAAGCAACUCAUCUACCCCGACGCCCUCUCACUGAAACACACCAGUAGCUACUUCUAUUACCUAGUCGACACGGGCGUACGGCUCAAGGUGGAGUGGCUCAUGGAGCGCCGCAUGCUUCACCUGGAGUGUCCCAACGAUAAACGAUGUGAUCUCGGCAGCGAUCUCCGCUUUUGUAGAGGCAGUGUCCCGCUUCUUAUGCAGAGGCGGCGUGAACACAUGGAGUGUGAGUCAAGGCCGGGACUCGGCUGCCUAGUCUACGGCACUUCUGUAUGCUCUCAUCGACGAAAGAUUGGUGCUAGGUGUCAACGCUGGCUGAGGCGACGGCUGACCGUGGAGUUGUGGUGGGUGUUGAUUGCCCUGAUACCGAUUGCUUGCUGUUGGCUUUGGAUGGCGGAGUUCGCUACGUGGGCUUCGAGUGCGUACAGAACCUCUACAUCUUCCUUGACAGACUCAAUGGUGCGAUAAUGUACUGGUUGAGGUCAAAGAACAUGCCCUGUUCGGGUUCGAUUCAAGUACAUGUCCAUAUAUCUUACCAAUAAUGUCUAAUACCUACGAGAAGUGCCAUUUUAUA